AUGUUUCCAUUCAUCACCCCAUCCAAGACAAAGGAGAAUCUUCAACGAAAUGGAGAACUUGAUCAAUUCGAUUUUAGCACUCCAGCGGUUAGUGAGGAUCAGCAGCAGAAGAUACAUCCUGUACUCAGUUACGGUGGUUGCCGCAAAGUGCUUUCAGAGAAGGAUACAUUUAAUGUGACCUAUAACGAAGAUAUGAAGCUGAUUAUGGGUGGUGUUGGAUUUUUCCUUGGUCGAGAUGAAACUUCUGUUCAUAAUCAAGAUCGGUCUCGUAUCGAGAGAGCCUUUUACUCAGAAAAUCACAACAAUUUUAUUUCAGAAUUUAAACAAUUUUUCUUGAAAACUACGCAAAAACUAAUUGACAGUAAGAAGAAAACAUUUGAUGGAAAAACUUAUCAGAUUAAUGUUGUCCGCGACGUUUGCAAUCUCGCUCCCGUCCAUUUUGCUUUGGAAUAUUUUGGCAUCCCUGUGAAGACUCCCAACUCGUCCUGCGGAAUUUACACUGAACAAGAAGUUUAUUAUCAAUUCACGGUUAUAUUCAUGUUCCUCUUUGUAAAUCUAGAUCCCGCCAAUAGUUUUAAACUCUCAAGGACAGCGAAAGAUAUCUUUGGCCAAAUGCAUGAUAUUAUGCAAAAAAUUGUUGAAUCAUCCGUUGAAGCAGAUGCUGAUUCGUCUGAAUGUGAAUUGUCCCCUCAAGCAAGAAGAUUAAUGCAAAGCUUAAUGGACCAGUAUGAAAAAAACUCAGACUUGGCUACUUGGAAUCUUCUUGGCACAAUCUCCGGUGGUGUUACACUCAUGGCCCAAGCGGCAUCUCAGAUCGUCGACUUCUACCUGCGUCCCGAAAACGAAUCACACUUGAAAGAGAUUAGAAAAUUGGUCAACAACAAUGAUGAAGAAUCAGAAAAUCUGAUACUUGGAUACAUUCUUGAAGCAUUACGAUUCUAUCCUGUUGUACCUGCCCUUUUGCGUCGUGCUACAACAUCUACCAGCAUUAAUGAUGGUUCAAAUGGGAUCUUGGAUUUCAAGAAAGAUGAUACAAUUCUGGUCUCUAUUGCUUCCGCUCAUAUGGAUCCUUCAAUCUUUCCUGAGCCCAAAAAAAUUGAUCCACAACGCCCAACCGAUUUAUACUUAACUUUCGGAUACGGUUUUCAUGAAUGUUUUGGAAAGUCAGUCAACUUUGUUGCGAUCCCGGCUAUUGUCAAGACUAUUCUGAAGCUCGAGAACCUUCAACGUGUUCCCGGUCGAGCUGGCCAACUUAAUAAAAUAGAUGAGGACGGUGUGUACCUUUAUGUGGAUUCUCAAGGCACCAUCUUCCCAUUCCCAACCGAUAUGGAGCUUCAGUUUACCAAGUGA